UUGGAACAUUUUCAAACCGUGUAUGCUUAAAUCCGUGUAUAAAAAAUCCGUGUAUAAGAAGGGCUGACUGUACUUUUGUGACCAUUUUCUUUCACUGGGUUGUGAAAGAAAUGAUAGUAGAGUCAUGACAGAGGGAGAAAAAUGUUCCUCAACUACCUUUUCCAUAUUAUGUAUUAAAACCAUAGACCUCUAUCAUAUUGACAUAUUUUCCCAUAAGGGAAUUGCUGCAGUCCCUCAGUCAGUUGCCCUUUCCCUCACCUUUUCUAGCUGUUUGAGGUAUGGUCAUGAGACCUGUAUACAGCAUUCUAUAAGAAGAAGGAACAGCUCAAUAACCCGUUCUCUCCCUUUACUCUAAGUAGAACAUUGACAACCCUGACAAGGUCUGCCUAAAUCCUGUCAAGACUUAGUUGGGCAGGUAGAGUAAUCUGUAUAUUUAUACCUAUGCCCAUAGCUAUACUUGUCUCUAUAUGUGUCUAAAAAACCACUGAUAGAUGUAUGUUUCAGUGAUCUGUCCUGGAGGUCUGGGCAUUUGAGGAUCUUGAUUGGAAUCUUGAUAGGUUGCUUUUUAAAAGAAUGGAUUGAAGAGGUUACACUGAAUAGUAGAAUAACCAUAGGGCUAGAUAAUUGUGGUGCUUGAGAAUAUGGGAUUGUUGCUUUAACUCAGACACAGUACUACAGUACCACGUGUUGCAUUCAUUAUAGUAGAAUCCAAAUGAAAUUCAAACACCUUGGCAAACCAUUGUAUAUGAUUGUGCCUCUAAUUUCAUUGCCUGUCUUCUUUGCAAAACUGUUUAAGUAUAGUGACCUCCAAAGAUGGAACAUCUGUGGUUUGUCAAUUCAGAGAUCAUAGAAAGCCAUGGUUUGUAAACAUGGUUUCUUUUUCUGGUUUGUUGGUCAUUCACAAAAUACAGUUUGCCACUUCAGACAUUACUCUAAUCAUACUUAAGUUUCUGUUACCAUAAUUUUCUGUAGUGUCUGAAUAGACAGAACAGGAAAACAAAAGUACAGAUAGGAAGGUAUGGUUGAAAAGACUUGUACACUUUAGCAAAGGCAUGGUUCACUUACUGACCACAAAGGAAAAGGUAGUUCACAAAAAAUUUACAUUGCCUCUGAUAACAGAGAUUUAUCCCGCUUCUCUUUUUCUUUUUCCCACAUGUGAAUACAUGUAUAGAUACUUUUCAGAAGUACAGAUUACAGAGAAAAGCUUUAUUGGAAAUCUCUGGAAUUACUCCUUUCCCAGGUUAAUCUGAGAGAGAGAAAGAUCACUCAUGCAAUGAUUCUGGAAUUCUUACAAGAGACAUUCCUAAAGAAGGGAGGGAGGAUGAGUCUGAGGUAAAAAUGACUUUCCCCUAUUUUCUGAGCCACAUUAAUGACCUUCACAAGAGACACAUUCCAGGCUCAAAUGAGCUCUUAGUUUCACUUGUGAAUAAGCUGUAAAGCUCAUGUAGGGAUUACUGCUGGCUGUUACAGUGUUUUAAUACUUUUAUCUGCUGGCAGUUGUCUGAGUUAGAAGGCACUAUCCAGAUGCAGUAAGGCAUGAACAACAUGCAGUGGAGCUGACUGGAGAGACACAGAGCCAUCUCUGUCAACAGGGCAUGGGGAAACUGAUGAGUCCAGUGCUUGGGGCUGGGAAAGCAGGAGGCUGGUAAGCAGGUUCAGCUUCCUGACCUUGGAAGUUCUUCUUGAGUUGUCUAGAGACCCUGUCACACUUCAGAAUUAUAGCAUUAUGACUGAGUUUUAACUGUAAGGGUUCCAUCCUAUGUUCUCUGAGAAGCAACGCCAAAUGGCUGACCAGGUCCGCCACACAGAGGACUGGCACCAACAGAUCGUUGAACUUCUGUUCUUCUAUAAAACACAGAACACCAUGGGAGACACGUCAGCAACCCUGCCAGGGGAUGCAAGUUCUGAGGGGAACUUCACUCCUGUCUCCAUGGUUGAGGAUGGCGCUGACGGCGCCCGAGCUUCUCCACAUCACCCACCUGACUCAUUGGUGUCCAGCGGGUCGAGUGGGCUGAGUGGGUCUCAGGUGGAUGCCCUGCAGAGUCAGGCGCAAGAUGACAAGAUGCAUCAUGCAAAGGAGUCCGUGGGGACACAAGGGUCCCCAGUUGACUGUCAACAUGCACAGUCGCUGCAAGAAGCAGUCACCUCAACAGCAGACCAGGCUGAAGAGCCAAUGAAUCCUGCUUUGUCUGGCAAGGUGGGAGAGUUGCAGGUUCUGACUACCAGCCCAAGGUCAGUGGUGGCAGAAGGGGCGGAGCCAGAGGGAACCUGCACUGAGACCUCAAGGAAAGAAGAGUCUGAGGCAAGUCCAGAAGCUGUUCUGGAGAACCAGGAGGACUUCCAAGUGACGCUUCAGCCUGAGCAACAACCUACAGGUGAACCUGAAUCACAAUGCUUUGAGUUCCAGCAACUUGACUCAAACCUAUCCAUGGAGAGGGGACAGUCAGUGAUGGACAAUGUCCACAGUCAGACAAAGGACACUGUUGCUGAACAGCGACGGGUGUCUGUCACACCAGAAGUUAUGCCAAGAGAGAUCACUGUUACUCCCCAGCAGCAGGGAUGUGAUAUAGCAGAGGAGACCUUGACAUUGACUUCAGAUGUGCCAACAACACUAACAACAGUUCAACACCCAGAUGAUGCUCCAGAGUCAGCACUGAACAAGGGAGCAGAAGGUGGACAGAUGUGUCCUAAAACUCUCACAAAAGAGGAACAACAACUUCAGGCACCAACGACGACUACGGUGUCUACAUCUAAACUGCAUGCACCUUCCAUCGGGAGGCAAAAAGAGUCUCUGACAAGCCUUUCACUCCAGGAACAACAGCAGUUCAGGAAGGAGUUGAAGACGGAUCAGAGCCUGCGAGAUGCAUUGAAGAUGACAGGGGAAGAUAUUCGAACAACUUCAAAGACAAAGAGGUUUCCGAGAAAGAGACCAUGGUCUCUGAGCUACAUGGACACAAUCAAUGACCUAGAAGCCCAGCCUCCUGAACUGUGCAAGUUGGUUCGAUUUGUGAUAGAUAGAGGUCACGGAGACUUCAGCACAUGGUUGAAAUGCUUCUCAUCACAAAUGAACCAUUCCAGUAAGCCACUAUGGACAUUCUGGGGUACUUCAUCGGGAAGACCACCAGAUAGACUCCCUGGAACGCCUCAUGAUCAUCUUACAACCUGUCAGCCAGGAUGGACUGACACUCAAGGACAAAAUCUACUGUCUUGCUUUGCCCUUUUGAUAUGUGAAAUUCUAGUUAACUUGUGGUACUGUAUGCUAUGUGUCUGUCUAACCUUUUCCUUCACAGGUCACAGGACGACACCACAGCCAGUGUGGCUCUGCUUCCAGUUGCGCCCAGGCCAAGUGGACUUUGGGGGGCGUGUCACAUGUUUGCUUGUAUGCUUUCUCUUUUACAGGAUGAAAUCUCAGCCAGUUUGGUCUCAACUUGCAGUUUCUUCCAAACCGUCCGAGAUUUGGGGGGCGUGUAAUGACUGGGCCCUCCAGUCAUUUGGGGACUUCUCCUGAACCACAAAGGGUUAAUCUGGGUGGAGGUACAUGCUAAUGAGGGCUGACAUCACAUGCUAAUGAGCUGUGACAUCAUAGCUGAUGUAAGGUCUAACUGACCAAUCAGAGAGUAGGACCGGGAGACUCAAGAACAUUCCUUGAGUAGCCUUUAAAAACCCUUUGCGACCAUGCGGUCCUUUGUCUCUCCCUCCCUCCUUUUGGGGGAAACCAGAUGUUUUCUUUGUUCUCUGUGAGUCUGUGAGGAACAGGCUCAGGAAUGCAGGUGGAGUUGGCAAGAAGCCCUCCCUGCAUCCAAAAACUCAACAAGGACUGCAAAUUCCAUCACUGUGUGAGUAGCUAGGAAAUGUGUUAGCUAGUGCGUUUAGGUUUUGUUAUGUUUACCUAAUAGCUUGCCUGAAAUGAAUACUUGGUAACUAUGCUCUCUGUACCUGCCAGGUGAUCUGAAAACCCUGUUUUUGGCAUCAGCUUUUCCACUCAUGAUAUCUGACAUAAGAAGAG